UAUUACGUCACUUCCGUUGUGAUAUUUUGGCUCCGAAUUUCUCGAUAAAACUCGAGCUGAAAUGCUGACCUUCGAAAUUUACUGUACGACACAAAGCAUUUAACUAACGAUAAUAACUAUUUAAUGGAGCAUACAAAUGAUAAACAGCCACUAGUAUUGGAAAGAAAGAAGGAGCAACUGAAAUGUGUUAUUGUUGGAGAUGGUGGAGUAGGCAAAACUUCUCUUCUUGUUAGCUAUAUGAUGGAUGGCUUUCCAAACAGCUAUGUUCCAACAGCGUUCGACACGUACCAUGUGACGGUAGAAGUUAACAAGAAACUUUGUAUGAUCGAAUUCUGUGAUACUGCAGGGCAGGAAGACUUUGAUGCACUCCGACCUUUGUGUUACUCAAGUGCCGAUGUGUUCAUCGUUUGCUUCUCUGUCGUUUCUCCCACAUCGUUUGCUAAUGUCGCAUCUAAAUGGAUACCAGAAAUAAGGGAAUUCCAACCAAAAGCACCGAUUAUUCUAGUCGGGACACAUUCUGACUUGAAAGACUGCUACAAAAUUCUAACAGAGCUAUCUCAACAGGACUCACAACCCAUUUCCGUCAAAAAAGCCGAAGGACUUGUUAAAAAGACCAGAUGUGUUUGCUACGUGGAAACAUCGUCGGUAACACAAAAAAAUUUAAAGACUGUAUUUGAUGAGGCAAUAAUAUCUGGCUAUUUGCCUCCUAAAGGCGGUAGAACAUUGGAUUUACGUGGAUGCGUUUGUGGUGUCAUGUAAAGCGUGAUCUGGUCGCUUCCGGAGAAUAUUUAUCUUCUAGUGUUUUCAUUUUGCGAUAACUUAUCGAGGUUGUUAUGUUAGAAAUUUAGAGUUUUUUCACGCGUUUCCGUUGGAGGCUGUAUGUACAUAUUUUACAGGUAUAGAUUGUUACCUGGGCUAUCAAAAUGCUACUGAUUAUUAGUCGUGAGAUUUCGCUAAGCGAAUUAAUAAAAAGAUAAGGAACUUUCAGGUUAAUUGUUAGCUCUGGUUUGUGGUCAGUUUUAGGAAAACGUGGAUACGUCAUAAAAACACAUAUACAGGAAGCGUUGGGUUUUCGCACAUUUAUCGGCCUAUUUGGCGGUUUUGCAUUCGCAGGUGGCAACUACCAUAAACAUAAGACAAAAAUGCGUGUCCAAGUCCGAUACUUGACAUAUAUUUUCCACAUUGUUAUUUUUUCAAAAUAGCGUCACGUCACCUGUCACACAACAGGAUGUGUAGCAAAUCGUGACCGUAAGCCAAACGUGACCUCAUAAGCGAUACAAUCGAUUGACAAAAGGUUGUCCUCAACCGGCUUCGCGACUACGCGACAAGCCCGCAUGUAAGCAUGGGUAAAAAACACUGAAGCGUCUAGCUGCAUAUGUUAGCCACCGCAUAUACGGUAAGACUGUAAGACUGAAGUUAUGCGUUGGCUAAUAUAUGCAGCUAAUCGCUUCAGUGCUUUUUACCCAUGCUUACAUGCGGGCUUGUCGCGUAGUCGCACGCUGGUUGAAGACAACCUUUUGUCAAACGACUGUAUGCAUACGAUAGCAUACCUUUGACGGAAAGUAAGAAGUAAAUUUCUAUUCAAUUGGUUUGAGGAUUUUUGUCCAAAACGCACUUUGAUAAUAAAGUUAUUCGUUAAGCUUGAACAUUUCUAGAGCCUUUCGAAAUUUUAUAUUUACCGGAGAUACAUCUCGAUAUAUAUUCAGAAACAAAGGAUGCAAAUGUACAGGUAGAUAUAUUUUCCUUAAAAAAUAAACAUGAAAAAAGCUA